CGAGCCCGAUCCGGAGCCGGCGGCGGCGCCUCCGCCAGCACCGACGCCGGCGCCGGCCCGACGGCUGCGCUGCGCGUGGUGCCGCAAGCGCCUCACCAUCGCCACCAAGCACACCUGCCGCUGCGGCACCGACUACUGCGCGCCGCACAGGUACGCCGAAGUGCACGGGUGCGCGUACGACUACAAGGCAGGUGCGCCCGCGCUCACGCCGCUCGCCGCUCCUAAGCUGCCCAAGAUAUAG